AUGAGAUUGAGGUUAAAACGAGAUACAAUUAGCCCCAUCCCUUCAAUAAAGUAUGAAUCAUGUUCAAAAACUUCAAAUAAAGAACCGUUGGAAUGUGAAAUCACAAUUGGCGGUUACUAUUACGUGAAAGUCACCAAUAACAUGGAGGAUGAAUCAAAUUGUCGUGUAGGCGAAGUUCUUGCUGUUCGAAUUAAUGAUGAAAAUAUUCACGAAUAUUAUAUUACUUACGCGUUACAUAAUAGAAGACUUGAUGAAUGGGUGAGAUCUGAUCAAAUUGAUACCAAAAGGGAGGUGGAUAUCAAAUUACCUAAGAAAAGAAAAUUACUUCAAGAUGAUACGAUUUCUAUCGCAAAAACGCCUACGUUACUUGAAGAUUCUCAAGAUGAUGUUGUUACGUUUGCUUUGGAAACACCAAUAAAAAGCGAAGAUUCCCAGGAUAUUUUCUUUUAUAGUCCAGAAUCACCUGCAUCACAAUUGCUGCCUUCUUCAGACGUGAAUGGCGAUGUUGGUGAUAAUGAUUCAAAUAUGAAUGACGGAUCUCCGGCUUUAAAAUACUUAACACCUCCACCUUCAAUCAGAUCUAAUAGUAAUAAUUCAAGUCCAAAAAUUGAUGAACCUUCAACCGCACAAAUAAAUCAGGAUAAAACACGAAUUACUUCAGGUGGUAAGAGUUUCAAACCAGUUAAAAUACGCGUAAAAAAUAUUAAGGAAAUUCAAAUAGGAGAAGAUCUGAUUGAACCUUGGUAUUUCUCACCAUAUCCUGAAGAAUUUAAUGAUGCGGCUGUUGUAUACAUUUGUGAGUUUUGCUUGAGUUAUUACAUAAGUGAAUUACAAUUCAGACGUCACAAGAAAAAAUGUAAUUUAUUUCAUCCUCCGGGAAAUCAAAUUUACAAAGAUGAAAUAGAAAAUCUCGCUAUGUUCGAAGUUAACGGAAAAAGGCAGCCAACAUAUUGCCAAAGCUUAUGUUUACUUUCAAAGCUUUUUCUUGAUCAUAAGCUACUCGCUUAUGAUACUUUACCAUUCUUAUUUUACAUAUUAUGCUAUUAUAAUGAAGUUGGAUAUUGUAUAAUUGGAUAUUUUUCUAAGGAGAAAUACAAUAUGGAGAAUAAUCUCGCAUGUAUCCUUACAUUGCCUCAACAUCAAAGGAAAGGUUACGGUAGGUUCCUAAUAGCAUUUUCAUAUACAAUAUCCAAAAUGCAAGGUAAAGUUGGCACACCCGAAAAACCUUUAUCAGAUCUUGGAUUAUUAUCUUAUCAACAAUAUUGGAUGGAAGCGAUUACUGAAGUAUUAUUAAAAGCUAAAGAAGAAAUUUCAGUUGAUGAAAUUGCUUAUCAAACCGGUAUUGAUCAAAAGGAUGUUCAAUACACUUUGCAUUUGAUUGGAAUAUGUGUCUAUUUGGGACAACCUUGUAUAAGAAUAUCAAAUGGAUUAAUAGAAAUGGUUAAAGGCUCAAAGGCAAAAAAGCGUUGUACAAUUAAAAAUGACUAUUUUGACAAACAAUGGGUGCCACUAGUUUAUAAUCCAGUACACUGUCGAUUCCUUUAA